CAUCACGAUCCCACCUGGUAGGGUCUUCCAGUCUCACGCUUCGUCCCAAUCCCGAAUGAGCAGAAACGGCGAGGCAGAGCUCAUAGAGGACUUCACUGGUGUGGUGUUUCUCAUCACUAUCUAGGCUAGGAACUUUGUUGAAGAACUUCAGCUGUCUGGAUCCUUUCCUCGAAUUAUACAGUCCAGGUAACUACCUUGCAUCCCAGUCGACUAUACCAUUGAGGACACCAAAUGUCGUAUCGCGGACGACCAAGCAAAGGGUGUGAGCCUUGCCGAGCUCGUAAGGUCAAGUGCGAUGAGACGAAACCGGCCUGCAACCGAUGCACCAAGUCAAACCACGAGUGCAAGUAUCGCGACCAGGCAGACCUUCUCUUUCGGAAUCAGACUGCGUUCGCUGCCCAGCGAGCUGAAGACUCGUGGAGGAAACGAUCAAGAUGUCAUCAACGAACACUGAGUGGGAGCGGCGACAAUCAAGGGCCGCCUCCCAUUGACAGCAACCUGCCGAUCGAGCGUGCUCGCCAGCCUUCUAUCAGCGGGCCACAACACCAGUCACCGACUAUCUACGAAGGGCACACUGAUCUGCUCGAUGCAGCUGCUGCCAUCUCCACAUUCGACAGCCUAUCCAUAUCUCCAGGACUCAACCCGGAUCUAUGCCAAAUAGCUUACGAGCGGUUUCUGUACGACUUUGUCAUAGACGAGUCGCCAAAUCAUCCUGUCAACGAGCCGUCUGAUGCUCUAUGGAGCUUCAUCCCCGCGCUGUAUGGAAAGGUUGCAGAAGACUCAUGCGUGGCGAAUGUAGUCAACGCUGUUGCUUACAUCAACUUUGCAAAUCGAUGCAAUGCACCGCAGGCUGAAGCGAUGGGAGAGGAGGCAUUGGGGAGAGCCAUGGUGAUGCUCUCAAAGAUGCUUGCGGACAAAACGCAAGCAAGAUCUGACGAGUCACUGUGCUCUGUGUAUCUGAUGGGUAUGUACGAGAACAUCAGCUCUCAACAACGGCAAGGGACCUACAUCGCCCAUUCGAAUGGGGCAACCGCCUUAAUUAACAUGCGAUCCAUUGAUCAAUUCUAUGCGAAUCCCGUCUCUGCUAGACUAUACGAGGUAUCAUAUUCCCAGAUGCUACUUGGUAAACUACAUGCCGCGAAGCCACCACCACUGCCUGUCAACGACGCGACCGACGUGAGGAAGCAUUUGUCUAGCCUGUACAGCCCAUCAGGUAUAUUCGUGAUGCAGCCGAUACACAGGGAAGCACAACUUCACGCCAAGUGGCACGAGAUCAAGCAGAGUGCGAACCCUCCAACUACACGCAGAGAUCUCGCCGAGCUUUUGCAAGCCGCUCUUGACCUGGACAAGCUAUAUCGGGCCUGGGAAAUGGAUAUACCCCAGCUCUGGCGGUAUCAGAUGGUACCAAACACACCAGAAGUCCGAGCGACCUACGACGGCAGAUGGCAGCGGCUCUUUCUGAGCAGUCGCGGCGCGCCGGAAGAGAUCCACUCUUACCCCAACCUGAAGAUGUGCUGGGUAUGGGGGUUCUACCGCACCAGCCACAUAUUCCUCCUGCGCGACCUGCUCGAGAUGCUCAACUGGAUGUUCCGACUCCCGGACGCAGAUCCAGUCAAAACCGGGCCGCUGUCGUCCGACUUCGCCAGCCCGUUCCCGCUCGACGACGAGGUCGCCCCCAUUGCAUUCGACAGCGCCGCACUGCGCCGUCACCACUCCACCGCCACCGUGCAGCUCAUCACCGUCAUCGAGAAGAGCUGCUCCGCCAUCCUCGGCACCUUCACCGUGCCUGUGUAUGGAAAGUCGUUCGACGACGUCAUGGGCAUGCGCGGCUACAUCAGCCUCUGGCCCCUGGGCAUUAUGGACGCCGUGCUGAGCUCAGGACUGGUCCCGGACUCGCGCGCUCCCAGCCCGCCGCAGCCGCAGCCGCAGACACAGACACAGACACAGACACAGACGCAGACACAGACAAAGAUGCAGACACAGACACAGAUGCAGACACAGACACAGACACAGACACAGACGCACGCGCCCCUCCCAGACAUGCUGACGCAGAGUACGCCCCAACCAUACCGCACACCGCUGUACCAAGGCCGCAGCCCAGAAAGCAUCAAGCAGAAAGCAGAAUUCUACCCGCUGCUGCCCUCGGCGCCACACUUGCGGCACGCCUUCUCAGGGGCGCUCUACGGCGCAUGUCCAGCGACCACGCCCGUGUACGACCCCGCGGCACCCAAGACGCACAGUUUCGACUCGUCGGCCCCGCACCCGUUCGACCACCCCGUCUGUCUGCCGCCGCUCGAGGCCGAGGCGGCCGCGCCGCGCGGCAUCGAUGUCGCGGCCCGCAGAGAGUGGGUGAAUGCUGUGCUGUACUAUGGAGCUGCGCAUCUGGGGAUCAAGAGGGGGCUGUAUGUCCCGCUUACCGAGGGGUUGUUGCCGGUUGUGUGGGGGAGGGUGGAUGCUGCGAUGGGCGGGGGCGGGGGUGGGGGGUGUUGAAGUGUGGACAUUGUACAGUAGUGACGAGCGCGAUGGAGUCGUCGGGGAGAAGUAUGUCUGCAAUUCCAUUGCGCUGCAUACUAAACGGUUCAAGCGCAUCCAUUCGACUAGGCGGCAACUUCCCUCCCCCCCACCACCUCAACCAGAUCUGCAACCCCCCUCUGCCGUCCAAUAGCGACCUUCUGCACCCUCUCGCUCCCCACGGCCUCGCCCUCAUCCGCGCCCUCGCUC